AUGUUUAAAGUAGAAGGGUGGGAUAUCAAGACCGACAAGGUUGCGUUUUCGGACAGCAAGAAGGAGAAGAAGGCGAAGAACAAGAAGGAGAAGCGCACCAAGAGUAAGAAGUUUGAAAACAGAGACGGUGCUGAUAUUACUGAUGUUGCUGAUGUUCAGGAUGCAGAAGCUCGUGAUGUUCAGGAUGUGGAAGCCCGCAAUGCUUAUGUGGACAAAAGGAAAGUAGAGUAUGACAAGAAAGAGGAGACUAAUAGCAAGAAGAGGAAAGUGUCUAAGGACAAGGAGGAAGCUCCGCAGCCUACAAUCGCUCAGUCCCAAGUGGCGAAGAAACUGACACCUUUGCAACAGAAAAUGAUGGCCAAGCUGACUGGUUCUCGUUUUAGAUGGAUUAAUGAACAACUGUAUACAAUUAGCUCUAAGGAUGCUUUGCAGCUGGUAAAGGAUCAGCCGCAAUUAUUUGAUGAGUACCAUGAUGGUUUCAGAUCACAAGUGCAGUCAUGGCCCGAGAACCCCGUUGAUGUCUUUGUGGACCAAGUAAGACUACGUGCAAAGAAGCCGGUCAAUGCGCCAGGUGGUCUACCAGGUUUGAAAGACCGUAAGAUUGUAAUCGCAGACAUGGGUUGCGGUGAGGCGCAAUUGGCUUUGGAUGUCAACACUUUUUUCAAGAAAUACAACAAGAAAGCCAAGAAGUCUCAUCAGAGGAAUUGGGAAGUGCAUAGUUUUGAUUUGAAGCAAGCCAAUGAAAGGAUAACAGUGGCCGACAUCAGAAAUGUUCCUCUGCCUGACAACUCCUGUACCAUUGUCAUAUUCUGUCUUGCUUUGAUGGGUACUAACUUCUUGGAUUUCAUUGAAGAGGCUUACAGAAUACUGGCUCCAAGGGGUGAACUGUGGAUUGCUGAGAUCAAAUCUAGAUUUGCUGAUGGAAAGGGUGAUGAAUUUGUCAACACAUUGAAGCUAAUGGGUUUCUUCCAUAAGAAGACCGACGAUGAGAAUAAGAUGUUCACUAGAUUUGAAUUCUUCAAGCCGCCAGCUGAAAUUAUUGAAGAAAGAAAGGCUAAGCUAGAAAGAAGACAGAAGUUCAUUGAGGUAGAGACAGAAAAGGAAGAGUUGGAAAAGAAAAGAUCCAAGAUUGCGGAAGGCGAAUGGCUGCUGAAACCUUGUAUUUACAAGAGAAGAUAA